CUAAUUUUCAGCAGUAUGGGGGAACAACUUUUUAGAAUGGAGUUUCGAGAUGAAGCAGCUGGCUAUUUCCACAAAGCUCUGAAGCUAAAACCAGAUUUUGUUGAUGCCAAGGAGAAUUUUAGAGUGACUAACUGAUUAGUGGAGCGCUGGCAUUUCCUGAUGCUGAAUGACCGCAAGAGGAACGCAAAAUACCAGUGUACCAUCCAGUCUGGGUUCAAUACCAUGCUGGAUAUAGGGACAGGCACUGGCAUUCUAAAUAUGUUUGCUAAAAAAGCAGGUGCUUCUGAAGUGUGUGCCUGUGAGCUAUCCAACUCCAUGUAUGCACUUGCCUGUGAGGUGGUAUCAGCCAGUGCUAUUCAAGGAGAGAUCAAGAUUCUGCACAUUAAAUCUCUAGACAUGGAAAUCACUAAAGAUAUCCCCAACAGGGUUUCACUGGUAGCAGAAACAGUGGACGCAGAACUGUUUGGUGAAGGCAUUGACACUUUAAUUCACGCUUGGAAACACUUGCUUUUACCACCCCAGAAAAGCACCAUUUAUAUCUCCUAUUUUAAGAGUGCAUUAAGCAAACGCAUGUCCUCCAUAAAAGAGGGUGGUAAAUCAAAGAACACGGUGAUGGAUGGGACUGGCUGCAGCAUAGACUGUGGGAACAGUCAGAGACAGGACUGUCCAAAUACAGCCUCUGACCCCUUGUAUGUACUGGAUGUCUCAGAAGGCUUCUCCAUCCUGUCACUGAUAGCUGCCAAGUUGGGGUCAGUAAAGGCCUACAGCUACAUAGAAAAAGAGCAGCACCAAAACAGUACUUAAAAUCUUGGCACUAACAGAAUUUGUGAAGAAAUGCUGGAGUUUUGGCUCAUUCACAUGGAAGACGACUCUACUCUUUUGCAGAGGUCUACAACGGACAAGAUGUGGAGCGCAUUCAUCCUGGAUUGUGUUGGGAAGCUGAUGGAGAAGGCAGCCCUAGCCAGGUGCCUGCUUGAACCCGGAGGCAGGAUUUUCCGGGCAAUAGUGAAGUACAGGAUGCUGAUGGAGUCAGAGGCCUUGCUCCAGCAGAGUGCUGUCCAGGGCACAGAACCUACUCUAGGAUUAAAUAAUGCCCCUUUCAUUAACCAGUUCACAGUCCCAGUCCAUGUCUUACUGGUCAUGGACUGGGACCCAUCUAAGCCAGAUGGUUGA